UUCACCUUACAUCCGGCCUAAUCCCCUCCCCCUGUGCUCAACAUCAACAGAAGGUUCUGAACGUGGGCAGGAGCGCAGAGGAAACAUCAGGCACUCCAGCUGUGAGGAACCAGAGUCUUUUUACAUGUCAGACACUCUGUACUCAGGAUGGACACGGAUAUGAGUCACAGGACUGAGAGGAUUAUAAACAUCACCCUGGAGAUCAUCUACCUGCUGACUGGAGAGGAAUACACAGUAGUGAAGAAGACUUUAGGGGACUGUGAGACACCCAGCAAUCAUCCCCGUGUGUCAGGAGUACUGAGCAGGACCCAGAGCCCCAUCAUGGUGCCUCCAACUAACUCACUGAUGCAUGAGAAACACAAUGACCAGAAGAUCCUGGAACUCACCAACAAGAUCAUUCAGCUGCUGACUGGAGAGGAGGGGGAGUAUAUAGAAGAACACAGGGGUCUGUACAAGGACGUGAAGAUGGAGAAUCACCGGCCCCUCACAUCACUGGAUGGGCCCAGUAACAGAGAUACCCCAGAGAGAUGUCCCCGUCCUCUGUAUUCUCAGGAUUGUACAGAGGAAAAUCACAGGAUCCCACAGGAGCAUCAGGGAGAACAUUUGACUGAAGUAAAGGCAGAAGAUAUAGAUGGAGAAGAAGAGCCGUAUGUGAGAGAUGAUCAGCAGUGUAAGGAGGAGGAAACCCCUACAGAUAUCAGCACAGAUGGAUGUAACAGCAGGAGCGUGUCAGAGGAACAUCUCGUUUUAUUUCCGGAUCGUAAAAUAGAAGAUAAAGUUACUCAAGAUUCUCCAGAAGAAAAUCCUAUCACCCCAGUUAUACAUACAACUUGUCAUAGUGCAUAUAUAUCAUAUGAUCUCUCCGAUCAUGGGGAAUGUUUUCCUGAUAUCUCUGAUAUUGGUACAUCUGUUACAGCUCUUACAGUAGAUACAGUGUUUAAUUGUUGUGUAGAUUCCAAAUGUUUUACACAGAACACACAGCAUAUUACCCAGCAGCCAGCUAAGGCAGGUGAGAAGCCAUUUGCAUGUUCUGAGUGUGGGAAAUGUUUUACGAAGAAAUCCGUUCUUGUUACACAUCAGAGAAGUCACACAGGUGAGAGGCCAUUUGCAUGUUCUGAGUGUGGGAAAUGUUUUACACAGAGAUCUGGUCUUGUAGCACAUGAGAGAAGUCACACUGGUGAGAGGCCAUUUGCAUGUUCUCAGUGUGGGAAAUGUUUUACACAGAAAUCAGUUCUUGUCGCACAUCAGAGAAGUCACACAGGUGAGAGGCCAUUUUCAUGUUCUGUGUGUAGGAAAUGUUUUAUACACAAAACAGAUCUUGUUAGACAUCAGAGAAGUCACACGGGUGAAAGGCCAUUUCCAUGUUCUGAGUGUGGGAAAUGUUUUAUACAGAAAACAGAUCUUGUUAGACAUCAGAGAAGUCACACAGGUGAAAAGCCAUGUCUAUGCUCUGAGUGUGGGAAAUGUUUUACAGACAAAUCACAUCUUGUUAUACAUCAGAGAAGUCACACAGGUGAGAAGCCAUUUCCAUGCUCUGCGUGUAGGAAAUGUUUUACAGACAAAUCACAUCUUGUUAGACAUCAGAGAAGUCACACAGGUGAGAAGCCAUUUCCAUGUUCUGAGUGUGGGAAAUGUUUUAUUUCUAAAUCAGAUCUUGUUACACAUCAGAGAGUUCAUACAGGUGAGAAGCCUUUUCCAUGCUCUGAGUGUGGGAAAUGUUUUACACACAAAUCACAACUUCUUAAACAUGAGAGAAGUCACACAGAUGAGAAGCCAUUUCUAUGUUCUGAGUGUGGGAAAUGUUUUAUACAGAAAUCAGAUCUUGUUAUACAUCAGAGAAACCACACAGGUGAGAAGCCAUUUCCAUGCUCUGAGUGUGGGAAAUGUUUUAUGUACAAAUCACAUCUUCUUAUACAUCAGAGAAGUCACACAGGUGAGAAACCAUUUCCAUGCUCUGAGUGUGGUAAAUGUUUUAUACACAGAUCAUCUCUUUCUAAACACCAAAGACGUCACACAGGUGAGAAACCAUUUCCAAGUUCUUAAUUGGGAAAUGUUUUACCCAGAUGUUUUGGUUGCGUGAAACAACAAAAAAAAGAUUUCCUUAAACCACAAUUUAUGCAGUUGACACUUUGUAAGUGGAACAAAUCUCAGUAAGCAUGCUAUUUCAUGCGCCUCAUUGAGCAGAACCAACAUUUUUUUUUUUUGUGUGUAAAAUAAUUGAGUUGACCCUGUUUAAACUCUUCAAAUUGUCUAUGUGUGGUUUUGCUUUUUGCCUGUUUUGAUGUGUAAAGUAAUAGAGGUUCAAGGUAAUGGAUAAAUAUAUCUUAUGUCCAGCUUAAA